ACCAUUUUUCUCAUUUUUCCUUUUGUUUUCUUUCUUUCCUCUGUUUUCUGAUUUUUCAGUUCUGACAUCUACAAUCUCCAUUUCUUCCACAUUGAAACUGUUAACCAAAAAAGAAAAAAAAAAAAAAAAGAUAACGCAAUGCGUGUGUCUACACUAGAGCAAUGAAACGCUCGAAAUCUGCUACAGCAUUCCAUGGAGGAGGUAAAUGGUGGUGCAUUGUUGAUCAAGUUGAUCUGUUGUGUUAAGAAUUCAGAUUGGGGUAUCAUUGGUCGUGAAUCUACUGUUGCACGUCUUUAUUAUCGUAAUGCUCGCAUCGGUAUUGAUCAGGAUCAUCCAUAUGCUGAAUUUUGGAUGGGAACACAUGAGUCUGGUCCGUCAUAUGUUCGGGGAGGCGAAGGAGGAGGAAAGGUGACGUUGAAGGAAUGGAUUGAAAGAAAUCCGAGUGUUCUUGGAGAUACUGUUUUGAAGAAAUGGGGUACCGAUUUUCCCUUUCUCUUCAAGGUAUUAUCUGUUGCCAAAGCUUUGUCCAUACAGGCCCAUCCAGACAAAGAUUUGGCCACAUCUCUGCAUAAAGAGCAGCCUUCUGUUUACAAGGAUGACAAUCAUAAACCCGAGAUGGCUUUGGCGCUGACGCAGUUUGAAGCUUUAUGUGGGUUUGUCAGUCUUGAGGAGUUUAAGGUGACUGUUCGUACUACACCGGAGAUUGUGGAAGUGGUUGGUAACGCAAAAGCAGAGCAAGUUUUAAACUUGCAUCAGCAUGACGGGAAGGAGGAAAUUAGAUUACUGCUACAAUCAGUAUUUACUGACAUAAUGACAGUUCGCAAGGACGUGAUUGCUGAAGUGUUAUCCAAGCUGAUUAGUCGCCUAAACUUUGAAGGCCAGGCGAGGCACCUAACUGACAAAGAAAAACUGAUUCUACAACUUGAGAAGCAGUAUCCAGAUGAUGUUGGUGUCUUAUCUGCGUACUUGUUAAAUUAUGUGAAACUCAACCCUGGCGAAGCUUUAUAUUUAGGCUCAAAUGAACCUCAUGCAUAUUUAUAUGGUGAAUCUGUUGAAUGCAUGGCAAAUUCAGAUAACGUGAUACGUGCCGGUCUAACUCCAAAGAACCGAGAUGUUGAGAUACUCUGUUCAAUGCUCACAUACAAACAGGGAUUUCCUGAAAUACUGAAGGGCACUGUGGUUAAUCCAUAUACAAUGAGAUACCAACCUCCUUUUGAUGAAUUCGAGGUGGACCGUUGCAUUCUUCCCCAAAACUCAACAACUGUAUUUCCUUCCAUUCCCGGUCCUUCCAUUUUUUUGGUCGUGAGGGGAGAGGGAACGAUGACAACAUCAUCAGAUGAGGUAGUUGCCGAAGGUGAUGUCUUAUUUGCAUCUGCAAAUACCAGUAUUACUGUUGCAACCUUGUCUGGCCUGCAUCUAUAUAGAGCAGGAGUUAGCAGCAGGUUGUUUGAGUUGCAUAAAUAGUGUAUUUAAUUCUAACACUAGCUAGGAUUGAUUCAAAUACCAGAAUCUUGCUGUAUAAUGAGCAUAUAUAUAGAUGAAUAUUUUGAGUCAAAGUGACAUUAGUGAUAAAUGGAUUCUUCUCUGGUAAA